AUGAAGGUUACUUCUCGACUUUCAAUGGAACCUUAUCAUUUCACGCAGGUCGCCGUGGCAGCACUGAGAAAAUUAUACCCUGAGCAGCUUGCCGAUAGUAGUUUUGACAAUACCGGAUUGCUCGUUGAAGCUCCGGAUCGUCCUAUAAUCUGCCGAAAGUCUGUACUGCUCACCACUGACCUAACGAGUGCUGUCGCAGACGAAGCGAUUAAUAGAAGAUCUUCUCUGAUUGUUGCAUACCAUCCUAUUAUCUUCCGUCCGCUGAAGGCACUGUCAUUGCAGGAUACCCAACAAAAAACCAUUCUUCGGCUCGUUCAGGAAGGAAUUAGUGUCUACAGCCCACACACUGCAGUAGAUGCGGCACCCGGAGGUCUAAAUGACUGGCUGGCCGAUAUUGUCACGGGCGAAGAAACCGAGGUUGUAACAUCCCCAUCUACAAGGACUAUAAUCAAACCAAUCAAAAAUGCGCCGCCGCCUGGUUUCGAGGGUGCUGGCUACGGGAGAAUCGUCCACUUCGACACCCCACAAGCACUUGGCGCUAUCGUUAAGCGGAUCACAAAGGGACUAAAGGCCCAGAAUGGCUUAAGCGUGGCAGUGCCCCAAUCAACUCCUCCUAGCCUCAAGUCUCAAAUCCCCAUCACAACUGUUGGUAUCUGUGCUGGCUCAGGAGGCUCGAUUCUGAACGGGUUAGAAGUGGACCUUCUGUUCACUGGAGAGCUUAGUCACCAUGAAGCGCUCGCUGCUAUUGAAGCAAACAGGGCUGUUAUCACGGCGGGACACAGCAACACGGAGAGAAGAUUCCUGGAGAGAAGGCUAAAGGAUCGAUUACUUGACGGUAUCUUACAGGAAUUAGAGCUGAUUGUUCCACCUGUCGAUCCACUCCAAGAUAUAGUUGUUUUUGCUAGCAUGGUGGAUAGAGACCCCUAUGAAAUAGUUAGGUUGGAGGACAAGGAUUGGAAGUAA